GGAUUCGACGAACCUUUUCCUCAAUCUUACACCAGGAUUUAAUGAGACAUUUAUUUUUUUAAGGAUAAUAAUCUAAGUAAUUAUGCAUAGAAUAAAUACGGGAAGCUCCGAUCAGAUAGAGAAGGAGACAGAGAGCAUCCAAAAGCCUUACAAUCUGUGUCAGUGGCAGCGGAUGAGAAGAAGAAAGGAAGCUAAGAUGGAGAACCCACUAUCGUCUCACUCUCACUCUCGCAUCAACUUUAUCGACAUUGAAGACGACACCUUCCGCUUCACACCCACUUCGCGGAAUCCUUCAAUCAACCCCAUCAACGUCGACGACGAAGACCGAGACCUCCGAUCGAUCACGGCUUCUUUGCUCAAAUCGGUGCCUACUCCCGCCGAAGCCGAUAACUUUAUCGACCUUUCUGAAGAAACCCUAGACUUCUACGACGGUGACGACGAGCUCAGAAUUCUUAGGUUUAAACCCUCGAAAACUCCCUUCGGAAGGAGAGGAAAAGGGUUAUUUUCGGAUUUUUCCGUGACCGAAUCAGGGCAAUCUUCAAAUUCCAAAAAUGACCCGGAUUUCGUUUGUGAAAUCUGCGUCGAACCCAAGUCGGGAAUCGAGUCGUUUCGGAUCGAAAACUGCAGCCAUGGUUAUUGUACUGAGUGUAUGGUUAAGUACGUGGCCUCCAAGCUUCAAGAGAACAUUACCAGCAUUAGGUGCCCUGUUCCUGAUUGUAUAGGGUUGCUGGAGCCGGAGUAUUGCCGGCCCAUUCUGCCUCCGAAGGUGUUUGACCAAUGGGGAACUGCAUUGUGCGAGGCUGUGAUUCUUGGGUCAGAGAAAUUCUACUGCCCCUAUAAGGAUUGCUCUGCAAUGUUGAUUGAUGAUGGGAAAGAGGUUGUGAGGCAAUCAGCGUGUCCAAAUUGUUGGAGAAUGUUCUGUGCUCAGUGUAAGGCUCCUUGGCACGAGGGGAUCGAAUGCGAGGAGUUUCUAAAGUUGAAUAAGGAUGAGAGGGAAAAGGAGGAUAUCAUGUUGAAAAACCUUGCGCAGAAGCAACAAUGGAGAAGAUGCCCCAAAUGUAGGUUCUAUGUGGAAAAAUCGAUGGGUUGCAUGUUCAUGAUGUGCAGGUGCAGAACUGCUUUCUGCUACAGAUGUGGAGACGUUUUAGAGAACAUUAGUAACCACUAUUGUCCUAGUUGUGGGGGUAGAUGAAGUGCUCUACAUCUAGGUUAGGAUGGUACUUCAAAUAUUGUAGUUUAUCAAUGAAUGUCGAAGAAAGUUUUAGAGCGCCAAAAGGUGGUUUAAACCAGCACAAAUCUGGAUUGCAGGCAUUUGUUGAUAAAUCAGCAAGUGACUUGAAAGUACUUUACAUA